GACCCAGGAUGAAGACCAAGAACAAACAGGUAAGAAAUGAAAGGGGAUCUUUGUAAGUUGAAUUCUUUUUUAGAAUUUUUAGUUAUAAUCUUCAUAUCUAUGCUAGCAAACAGACUGGCAGUUUUUCAGGGCUGGGAUAAGAGGAUGCAGCUGGAGAAUAAACUCAGGUGAAUCAGGGCAAGUGAAAAAAUGUCAGGAGCUUUCUGUAAACUUGCAUGAAUUCAGUUAGCUUCUCACAGUUUUUGUCUGUAUUUGUGACAGUUAUUAGACAAAAGUAGAAAGUAGCCUUAUCUCCAUCAAAUUCACACUCAUUAUGGUCUUAGCUUUGGUAUGACAGCCUGCUUACCAGCUCUUAGCUAUCAAGGAUUUGGCAUAGGGUGUAAUAACUGGAGGCUGCAAAAAAUCAUCUAUCCUCUGAUCAGUUCUGUGCUGUGUUGUAGCAUAUACAUACCACUGUAAUUUUAAACCAAGUGCAGUGUUAAGUAAAAAGAGUUCUGUUUCUAUGUGGCUUAAGGGAGGUUUAGAGGCAGAACGUAGCCAGCUUCUUUGAAAAGUUUGCAGCCCUGACGGAGCUCCUGUUGCCUUGGUGAGACAGCUACUGCUAUCUGAAUUUGCUUGUUCAAACAAGUUGUAUGUGUACUAUAAGACAAGUGGAGCAAUGACUGCAACUGGGUCCUGAAGAAAUGGUACCUAUGUGGCAGACAGACCAUAUGCAGAUUUCCAUGUAUAUUAAUACACACUUGUAUUCACGUGUGUGUAGUCUUCAAAAAAUUCACAUCUUUUGAUUCACAACGGUUUUCUUUUGUGGGAUUUUUAAAAGUUUUAUUUUAGUUGGGAGUGUUUGGGUUUUUUGUUGUUUUUGUUCCCUUUUUUAACAAUUGAGCUAGUAGGCAUUUGCACCUUGUAAGCAGGGAAGAAAUGUUUAUGGGUAAAGGUGACAACUAACUACCUUUUAUUUUCAGAUGUUUCAGAGUGUUUUAUUGAGUUAUUUGACACAUAUUGAAUGUGUAGAUUACUGCUGAGGCUGUAAUUCUACAGAGUACUUAUUUGCAUGCUCGUGAAGAUUCUGACCUAUUUUUCUAAUAGCAUUUAUCUGGGACAGUGGUUACUGCCACCAGCUAUCUACCCUGCUUGUCUCCCAGAGGUUACUGUUGGCUGGAGUUUGCAGUAAUACGCUGGUCUGUAAACCACAGUGCUCAGGAAGGAAUGUGUGUACUGUUCAGCCACUCCUGCACAGGUUACUAUGGACUCUGUAAGAGAGGUGAGGUGAGCAGCUAAGGGUAGAAGCCAUUCCAGCUAUUCCAUCAUAAUUUUCGUGUGAUCACAAGAUACUCUGUUCAUUUUAAUUAAGUGGUUCCUUUUUUUUGAUCUUAGGUAGGUUUUUAAGUUGAUGCACCAGGAGCUUACAACUGAAGUUAGUCUUUGUCUUUUAUUUGACUUUGAGAAUCAGUGGCACUACCUGCCAUCCAUUUAAAUGAGGAGCAGUGUCCUACUUGGAAGCACCUCACAACUACGCAGAUGAUUGGUAUGGAAAGUACUAAAUGUCAAAAAUGUGAUAUCUGUAGUAAUGCCCAUGCUGUAAGUGGGUCUGCUGUGUAUGUAAAUGGAAGGGAGAUUGCGAUGCUUUCUAGUUGUGAACUAUCUUUUUUUAUGUUCUCUAACUUAGAUGUAAAUUUGUCUAAUGAAGACCUCAGUUGUUUUGGAAUUUUUUUCUCCAUUCUUUUCCACCACGUUAUAGAAGCUCAUUCCUAUGGAAUCAGGCCAUGUUAUGGCUUUCCUGGUAAUGCACAUAUGAAUCCAGAAUAGUGUCACUCUGGGCAGCAGGCAUUAUAUUGGCCUCAAAUCAGUGUAAAAUUAGAUGAGAGCUCAUGUACUGGCUAUAUAUUGAUGAAAUUGCAAAAUGAUCUAUUGGAAAAGACAUCUGGAGAGAAGCUAGUCUAGCUUUUUUUACUUCAAAGGUAGGCUCAUUGCCUUGUUCAGUUGAGUUUUGAAAAUGUCUAAAGAUGGAGAUUCCACAUCCUCUCACUUCCUGAUCUUGAUCUUAGCCACCUCUAUUGUGAAAUUAAUUUUCUUCAUCUAGUAAGAAUUUUCCUUGUUGCAUCUUGUCUGUUGUCUCUUGUCCUUCUGCUGUGCGCCUUUGAGAAGAGUAUCUUUUUCUAUAACCCCCCUGCCAGCUGUGUUAGUUACCCAACUCCUUCAGAGGUUUCUCUUAUGUAUUGUGCUCAAGCACUCUGAACACCUGAGAGUCCUUCCACUGGGCUUCUGUCAGUUUGUUAGGAUCUCUUGCACUGGGGCUUCCGAAGCUAUACGCUGUUCCAGGUGUUACCUCACAAGUACUGAGUAUGGGGACAUAAUCACUUCCUUAGAUCUGCUGGCUGUAAUCUUGCUAAUGCAGCCCAGGAAUUAGCCUUUCAGGAGUGUAAUACUGACUCUCAUACAGCUUGAUUGCCACCAGGAACCACAGGGAUUUUUCCGCUGAGCCAGACAGCGUUCAUUCGGUGUACUGACUUACCAUUUAUCACUUCUGAGCUUUGAGGCUUGCAUCAGCCCAUUGCUCCAGUUUGCUUGAGUCCAUCGGAAAGGCAGCCUCACCCUUUGGCAUGUUGACCAAUUCCCCAUAUUUGGUGUCGUUUUUGAAGCUGGUGAGGGUGCAUUCCAUUGUCCAAGACAGCACUGCGGUCAUUAAAACAAUAUUGCUUCCAGGACUAACCCCUGAAGAAUGUCGCUUCUAAUUGACUGCUGGCUGGACUCGGAAAUGUUGACCACCAUUCUCUGAGACUAAUCAUCUUGCCAGUUUUUCAUUCACCUGAUACUCCAAUGUCAUCUCAUCCAAACCCUCCAAGUCUGACUGCUAUGGGAGGCCUGGUUAAAGACCUUAUUAAAGCAAAUGACAUGCCACUUCUCUCUUCCUCCCAUCCGUACAGCCAUUGUGGAAGUCAAUUAGGUUGAACAGACUCAAAUUGGCCUUGGUAAAUCCAUUCUGGCUGGUCUCAGUCACCAUUUUAUGCCCCACAAUGAUUUCCAGGAGGGUUUGUUCUAUAGUUUUCCCUGUGGCGAGCCAUAUUGCCCUGUAAUUACUUAAAUACUCUCUCUCUGUUUUUGCAGAUGAUUGUGACAUUUGCCUUUUUUCUGUUGCUAGGAAUCUCAACCAGAUAGCCAUAUUUUUUCAAAGGUGAUGGAGAAUAGGCUUGGGAUGACAUGGGACCUGAUCUCUGAUUGUGAAGAAAUGCAUCUGAGGCCACAGACAUUUCUGUAUAUGUCCAGUUUGCAUACAAGGUUCCUACUUUGAUCUUCCUCUGCAAUUGUAGGUAGAACUUCUCACGUGCCACUAGGCAUAAAUUUAGGGAGCCUUUCAGUAAAGACCAAGGCAAAGAAGGUAUGAAUACAUCAUCCCUUUCCAACUCCUGUGUCACUAAGCUGCUCGUUAUAUCCUUGGGUCUUCCUUUGUUUUCUGAUGUGCAUGUUGAAGCCCUUUUUUCAUCCCUCACUUAACUGAUUUUGAACUAUCUCUGCAUGCCUGGGCAAUGUCUCAAUAGUGAUCCUUCUCCUGAUUACACCCUCCACACACCUCCAUUUUGGUGCAUCAUAAUCAGUUUUAAGAGCAUUACUGUUGUUAUGAAGCUUAUUUUAUACACAGUUUAUUAAGCUUAUUUUAUAUCCAGUUGUUUGUUCUGCUGUACCACUCCCUCUGUGUCAGUUUGCAGAAGCAUUUUUGAAGGGUACUUUACAUCUCUGAUCCACUGUUGUAGCAGUUUACUACAUCUGCAGUGCAGUAUAUUUUACUGUGACUGAAAAAUAUUCCCUUUUCAUCCACUGGAAAAGGUGAAAGCAUCUGUAAACUAGAACAUUAAUAUGGUUUGUUUGUUUUUCUACUUUAAAAUGGCCAGCUAUUUUAUUCAAUGUAAAAAAAAUUUUUUUAGAGAGUUUAAAGCAAUAGGCUUAUCAUGGAAAAUUGAUAAUAUAGCAGAAUCCCAUCUUCCUACCCUAACUGUAGGUAAGAUAAGCAGCAGGGGAAGAUGUUGGUUUGUUUUUGGGGAAAAAAAAUGACUAUGUAUUCUGACUCAUAGGAAGUUCUGUACCUCUUAGUUUAAGCUGUUCAUUGACAUGAAAGAAGUUCAGUGCAGAUGCCAAGUUUUGACUCCAACCUGUGUGUAAACACUCAUCUCCAGUUCUCACUGGAAAGAAGUUUAGCUUUCAGGGUUGAAGACAUGCUGAAGGAAAAGAAAACAACAUAAAAAACAAGAAAGAGUCUUUGUGGACUUCCUUUGCUGAUGGCAGAGUCAGACUGAGAAUAGAUAACUCAUGUCCGCAGCCUCCCAUAACAGUUCAUCAGAUGUUCAAGGAGAGCCUCGAAAAAUAUGGAUCUCUGAAUGCUUUGGCCAGCAGAAAGAAUGGAAAGUGGGAGAAGAUAACUUUUUCAGAGUAUUACUGCCUUUCCAGGAAAGCAGCCAAGAGCUUCUUGAAGCUCGGUCUUGAGAGAUUCCACAGCGUAGCAAUCCUUGGAUUUAAUUCUCCAGAGUGGUUCAUCUCAGCUGUUGGAGCUGUGUUUGCUGGAGGGAUUGUCACAGGAAUAUACACAACCAAUUCUCCAGAGGCCUGCCACUACAUUGCUUAUGACAGCAAAACCAACAUCAUGGUUGUGGAAAAUCGGAAACAAUUGGACAAGAUAAUGCAGAUCUGGAAUCGUUUGCCACACUUGAAAGCUGUUGUGCUAUACAAGGAUUCAAUUUUGGAGAGACAUCCAAAUUUGUAUACGAUGGAAGAGUUUCUGAAGCUGGGAGAUGACAUAUCUGAUGUUACUUUAGAUGACAUUAUUAACUCCCAAAAGCCAAAUCAGUGCUGUGUGCUUAUAUACACAUCAGGAACAACUGGGAAGCCAAAAGGAGCUAUGCUGAGUCAUGACAAUAUAACUUGGACGUCAGCACACUGCAGCAGAGCAGGAGAUAUGCAACCCGCAGAGGUCCAGCAGGAGUCCAUAGUCAGUUAUCUUCCGCUCAGCCACAUAGCUGCACAAAUAUAUGACCUGUGGACUGGAAUCAAAUGGGGAGAGCAAGUUUACUUUGCUGAGCCAGAUGCUCUGAAGGGCAGUUUGAUCAACACGCUAAAAGAAGUGCAACCAACAUCUCACAUGGGAGUUCCCAGAGUAUGGGAGAAAAUCAUGGAGAAAUUAAAGGAUGCUUCUGCUCAGUCAGGAUUUGUGAAGAAGAAAAUGCUGUCAUGGGCUAUGUCAGUGAGCUUAGAGAGAAACCUGAACUGCUCAAGCAGCAGUGACUUGAAACAAUUUUGGACAAGGCUAGCAGACUACUUGGUGCUUGCUAAAAUACGCAGUGCACUGGGUUUUUCUAGCUGUCAGAAGCACUUCUGUGGUGCUGCUCCUCUCAAUACAGAAACUCUGUAUUUUUUCUUGGGUCUGAACAUCACCCUGUAUGAAGCCUAUGGCAUGAGUGAGACCACAGGCCCGCAUUGCCUCUCGGGGCCAUAUAACUACAGGCAGCACAGCUGUGGUAAACCAGCACCUGGCUGCAGAGUGAAAUUAGUGAAUGAAGAUACAGAAGGCAAUGGAGAAAUCUGUUUCUGGGGAAGGACUGUUUUCAUGGGUUAUUUAAACAUGGAAGACAAAACAAAAGAAGCCUUUGAUGAGGAUGGGUGGCUGCAUUCUGGAGAUUUAGGAAAACUAGACAAGGAUGGCUUUCUCUAUGUCACUGGAAGAAUUAAAGAUUUGAUUAUUACAGCUGGAGGUGAAAAUGUGCCUCCCAUUCCAAUUGAAGACGCUGUUAAAAAAGAACUCCCAAUCGUUAGUAACGCCAUGGUGAUUGGAGAUAAAAAGAAAUUUUUGUCCAUGUUGCUGACCCUAAAGAGCGUCCUGGACCCAGAUACAUCGGAUCCCACUGACAUCCUCACUGAACAAGCUAGAGAUUUCUGCCAAAAGAUUGGUAGUAAAGCCACUACAGUAUCAGAGAUUGUAGCUACAAGGGAUCAGGCGAUCUACCAGGCCAUUCAGGAGGGAAUCAACAAAGUCAACAUGAAUGCCACUAAUAGAGUUCAUUGCAUUCAAAAAUGGAUAGUGCUGCCAAGAGACUUUUCUAUUUCUGGGGGAGAACUAGGUCCCACCAUGAAGUUAAAACGGCUCACUGUGCUUCAGAAAUACAAAAAUGAAGUGGACUCCUUCUAUGAAGACUAAGAAGCCUUUCAUUGGAGCAGUAAGAAAGAUCUGUAAGCUACAGGAAGUAUUUCCUAAUCAAAAUCAUUAAGGAAGACUUAUGCUUGUUUUUAUUUUGUAGUCUCUUGAAUCAUGCGCUAGAAAACUGCUAUGUUAAUUUAGUUAUUCCCAAUACUCACCUGAUAGUUUGUCCUGUUCUGUACAGUGUGUCCAUUUUCUAACAUGUAUUUUACAUUAUGCCCUAAAUAAGCGAGAUUAAUGAUAUACUCACUUCACACAACCUGUGAGGAUAAGUUCUCUAGACUGAAACAGAAAAAAAUAGUGAUUUGCCCUUAUAAUUUGUUUGUUCUGCAGGAAGUUGCCUGGAGCUUAUGUGGUAUUUUGGUAAAUGAGUAGUUAGCAGUACCUGUUCAGUAAAACUGUUAUACCACUCUGGAUAUAAAGCUGAUUAGUUUUAAAAAUAACAAUAAUAAAAAACUUCCCUCCUAGGGAAAAGUGUAUUUCUGUUCACUAGCCCAGCACUAUGGAGCCCUCUUUUACUUCUAUACCAGCUAGACUUCAGAGACUUUUCUGAAAGCAGCAGGUCAUCAUUUCUUAAAUCCAUAUUGAAGUAAGCAUUCUUAUUUCUCCUAAAGCCAAACGCUCAAAGUUGGGAAAACAGUUCCUGAAAACGGAAAGAUACAAAGUAGGUAAUAUGGGAGCUCUCUCCUUAAAGCACAGUUGAGAACAGAAAUUUCUAAGUCUUUUUACAGCACAUUUUUAAGCAAAAGUACUGCAACUGUGCUUGCAUGUUUCAAUACUGAUGUUGUACUAAUACUUACAUAAGGGAGCAUUUCUUCUUUCCCUUAGAAGAUAUAAAUCAUGUUACAUGUAGGGUUAAAAGGGCUGCUGAUGGUUAAGUCGGUGGCAGUGAGUUACAGUGGAUAACAACUAGACAGUCUGCAGUCAUCUUUCUUGAUUUAAAACCAACCAACCAUGCAGAGCAGAAUAUUGUUUCAAUGACAGUUUCACAAUCAGUCUUAAACAUCCUAUAAACUUUGAGUUGGUUGCAAGUAUCAGCAGUCAGCUUAAUGCAUCAGACAAAGUAGGAGCCUAGGAUUAUCAAGACAACAAGCAGUAGGUCUUCAAAAAGUUUAUUUUUUUCCCCAUUUUGUGCGUAAUGGUACUGCAGAAGAUCUUAAGAUUAAUCUAGAGGAAACAAGGAAGCAGCAGCUUGUAAAACACAGAAGGAAAUGAUACCCUAUUCACCAAAAGCAGAGAGCACAAGAAACAAAGCUUACUGUCCCUCCUCCAACACGUUGUUAGGCUGUACAAAAAAGUGUGUUGCUUACUUCAUAGAGUUCUGCUAGAAGACAUUAUUCAAAAUAGUUUUGAUUCUGAAAUAACCAGCCUGAACAGCCUCAGUAGAAAGUAACUAAGAGGCAUAAUACCUAUAAAUACAAUUAAGCUUUAAGACAUCUGGCUCUGGCAGUAGGUAUAAACCUGUGUUGGCCACAAGUUUUACGAAUGUGCAUUUUCUGGAAGGAUAUACUAAGAGCAGCAUACCCUUAAGAAAUCCAGGUCAGAACGGCUCAUGAUUACCUGUAUGUGAUGAAGAAGGGAGGGAAAAAAAAAAGAAAGAGGUGCUUUGGUGCUUAUUAGGCUUAGGAAGCAGGAGAAGAAAGAAGUCUCUGAUCCCUUGAAUAGGGAUGAAAUGUAUUUCUGGAACAUAGGAACCAGAGCCAGACCUUCAAUCUGUCUUCAUUCCAUCAGGACUAGUCUUUUACAUUCAGAGUUUAUAGAGUAAAAUCACUAGUCAGCGCAGUGAAACACACUGAGCAGGCUUCAUAAAAACAAAGUAUAACACAAAAAGCAAUCCAGCAGAAGCCAUGAAAUAUUUUGUAUAAACUGGUGCAGUUAAUAACUUCCCUUCAUAAUACAGAGCAGGAAUGAGUUUUUCUAAAUUACUCUCAUUACAACUCUUGUAAAUUAAGCUGCAUUUCAGAAAGGAAAACUUAUGAGAGCUAUUUUGAUAGAGAUUUGAAAAAUAUUUUUGUUAAUAUCAAUUCUCACAUCCAGCUGGUUUGAUGCCUUUUUUCUGUAUAAACAUAAAUAGAUUAAAUCUCUAAGAUUUUUGCAUUUCUUUUUUUCAUGUCCUUUGAAGACAAAGCAGUAUUUCAUCAAUCAACAGAGCACCCAGAAGUGUUCUUUCAUUGCUUUUAACACACAAUUGCUAUUUUAAAUUAGUUUAUACCCGUUUCUUUUUAUAAUGUUUAUGUUGUGCUCUUGUUAGGCCAAAAGCCUAUCCUUUAAAUUUCAGUAAGACCAAUAACACAGGCUCUAAGCAUUAAGGUGCUGUAGCAAUUCACUAGUUCUGGUUAUGUUAUAUUCACAUAAUUUUUCUUUGUGAAAAAUAAAAACCAUCUAGUUGAAACAGCAAACAGUAGACAGCUACAGUGGCAAAAAAUACUUCUCUUACAUAAAAAUGCUUACCAGGUAGAAUCAAAUAAAUAAGACAGAGCACUUAAAGUCCACUGAAAGCAGGCACAAGCAUCAUCUGGAGCCAUGGGGACUAAAUUUAUUAAUGAAGAGGCCUUCCCUAUAAAGUUUGCUCUCUUAAGAGAAGAGCAAAAUAUAUGCAUAUGGAUACCGGGUUACAUACUGUAUGUUUGUGAUGCAUCUUUUCAGAGUUAAUAUGAAUCAAAUGAGAAGUUUAGUCUGUGUCCCGUACUCUGCUGCAGAUCUCUUCUGUGAACUCUGAACACUUGGCAUUGCCACCCAAGUCUUUUGUCAAGGCCUGAAGGAGGAAAAAAAUGCUAUCACUGAAAUGUUUAAUGGAGCCAGUUAUACCACUGCACAGUCCUUUCAUCUAUGUGUUUUGUAUAGGCAUUGGAUAUAGGUGAGAAGGAAUACACUGAGUCUGAGUUUCUCUGCAUUCUACAUCGCCUUCAUCAACAACAACAAUGCAAGCUGAGGCAGGUAGGGAAAAAUGAGUAGGAACAUCAAGCAUUGUUACCUGAGUGUUCAGAUCUCAGUGAGAUUUUAUCUCAUUUAACUACCCAAAGAAGUGAAUCUGGACAAAGCCAUCCAAAGUCCCUUGGCCCUAUCAUAACGUACUUAAGAGUUAUGGACUUAAGUCUUCCCUAAGAAGUCUGUCCUUUGGAAGUAAAAUUCAUACAUGAUGGCUCAGUACAAUGUCGACUAAUUCAGAGAGUGUCAUCCAGUAAUGCUUUGGGGUAUACGUUUUUCAAAGGAAACCCACACAGGAAAAGCACACACACAGCUCUCGAAAUGCUGCAUGCUAAUAGUUGCCUAAGUUUGCUUAGUUAAGUUAAGGGACUGAAAAACAGGCAGUUAAACUUCCUUCUUGAAGUACAACUCUGGCAGCAUGAGGACAGAAAAAUGAAAAUAAAUUGAAGUAAUUCAGUGUUGUUUGUCCAAGCUAGACAGAUUAAAGCAGUUUUAAGAGGUAAUUUAAAAAUCAUUAGUUUUUCCCCUUAUAUCACAUCUGUGCAGAUCUUAAUUAAAUGGCUUGGGGCAGGGAAGAAGGAAAGAAAGGGCAAGCAUGAAGGGCAGUAAAGGUUACAAUUUUAGGAACUUGUCAUUUUUAAGUGCAUUAUGCUUUUUUUUUUUCCAAUUUAAAAAGAUUCUCUCCCUUGUGAGCAUGUAAUCAUAACACUGUAAGCAACUAGUAAACAAGUAGCCAUGUCACACAACUUGUGCUGUUAUCUUCUGUAGAAUUACUAACCUGCAGAUGGAAGAUUUCAUUUCCAGAGCAGUAAAUGGGAACUGUACAGAAGCAUCUCUCUAUUCACUUGUAAGUUUAGUGGUUUGUUUUUUAAACUGGCUCCUACACACAGCAAGAUAGCUGUAAGCAGACCACUUAUGAAAUAAUGACAGCUUUUUGUUUAAGCAUGCUUGUUCCUUUUAAUUACAAAGUAGCUUCCUCUGCCUGUGCUCCAGAUAAUCGCAGCAGCUAAAUGCUAAUCUUCCUUAGGGGCAAUCAUCAGAAUCUUUCCAAUUGCAUUUUUGGAAAAGUGCACUCAACUACUUUAACUUUCACCAACAGCAUUAGCAGCAGAAAUUCAGGUCAGGUUUCAGAGCACAACUCCUUCCCCCCCACCAGUACUAUCCGAGUCUUGAAUCUGCAGGCAGGUAGUCCCUAGGAGAAACUGCACACAAUGCUAAGGGAAAAAGUAAACAUUGGAUAUCAUUUUGCCCUUAACUGUUAUUUUGUGAUAAAAAAGGAGCCAAGGUAAAUAGGAGGAAAGAAUAAAAGAAGCGACCUGAAAAACAGGAGCAGAAGUAUUAAGAGUCAGAACUGAGGUGAGUGAUUAAGCCUGUAUAAGGCAAAUGAUCAUCCUUCACUCUAAGGUCUAGAUUUAAUUGUAAAUGCACUAUGAACUUCACAAGGGAAAUACCACUAUUUACUAAGAUCUCUCAUCCCUUUCAUGGAAAACAGAGAUGCAGUUUUAGCUUUUAGAGCCGUGGAAACUGAGACAGGAGGAGAGCUACAGUGUUCCUGUUGCUGAAGAGGGCAAACUUACCACCACCAGAGGUAACAUAAUCAGAGAACAGCAGCAGUACUGCUCACGUGAUUCAGCCCAGCAAAGCAGGGCAUCUUUUCUUUUAACGUUAAAGUUCUAAGUUAAUUUUUGUUACAAUACAGUAUGAUUUGAAU